AGCUGUUAGUUUCCAAUCCAGGUUCUCCUUCAUCCAUGGAUUGACCAAGGCAUACAGACACGGUCUUUAUUUCUAUGCAGACACAGGGGACUGUCGGCGUUUUCUGUUGAUUCUCCUGUUUGAAAUUGUUUUGACUUAUGCUACAACCUUUGGAAAUCUGAAAUGGAAAAAUCCGCUUCAUUCCAAGCAUAAGUGAUAUACUACUUUGGUAUAUAUUUGCUUCUCCGGAUCCGCACGUCAGCAGAGUGCGCGAGUUUCUGAACAGGCAGAAGCUUAUAAUCAAGCUUGGGAACGCACGAAUGCACUUUCCUUUUUGUUUUCUAUUGUCAGUGAAUGGGUUUUCAAAUAGUUUUCCCGUGACUGUGAGCUGCAUGAGGAAUUGAGCCACUUCCACCUGCCGAGGCAGCAGCCAUGGAGUCUGCACCUGAGCUGGAUGAUAAUCAUGUCGCCGCCCCACCAGUCACUGAGGCUGACUUCACCAGUGUGCUGCCAACUGCCGAGCCAGAGACCUACAGUGUACUCAUGCAUUCUUCAGAGCCGCUUGACGGGUUCGUGUUGGCCGACGGCAGCGGCACUGUGCUCGCGCCGCUGCCGCGGUCCGCCGGCGCCGCGCUGAAACCGCCGGUGGGUCUAGACGCGCUGUCGGCGCUGGUGGACGUGGCUGUGGGCCACCCGGGACCGGCCGCCGACCCCGACGACCCGCCGGAGCCGGCCGACAGCGGCGCACAGACGGGCGCCGCCGGCCCGCUGCCGCCGCCCGCCGGUGACCACUGCCUGGUGUGCAACUCGCGCCAGCUGGACCGCCAGCCCGUGUCCGUGUUCGAGGAGAGCGUCCGCUCGUCGACCAGCCUGCGGCCGGUGCUGCACGCGCUGGAGGCGGCGCUGGAGACGCCGCUGGACCCGCGCGUCACGCACAGUCACGUGCUGUGCUCGGCGUGUUUCGAGCUGACGGAGCGGCUGGACCGGCUGAGAGAGGAGCUGACGGAGACGUGCGCAGCCGUACGCCGGCUCUACUGGCAGACGGCUGGGCUCUACUCGGAGCCGCAGCCGCCGGCCGACCCGGAGCCGGAGUCGGCGGCCGAGGAGGCGCGCCGCCGGCCGCUCCGGCCCGCCGCUCAGCACGAGACGGGGCACUGCCGGAGCGCGGCUGGUGGCCGGCGCGCGUCCCCGGCACCUCCGCCGGACCCGCCGCCGGCCACCGAGCCUGAGUCGCCCGCCCAGUGCAGGGACCUGGAUGUCAACAUACACGUGCAUAAGGCCGGGUCGAGGAAACGAACUGCCGCCGCACUGAACGAGGACCGACUGACGUGUCGCUACUGCUGUAAGAAGUUUCAGCGGCCGGCGCGGCUCCGUCAGCACCUGGCCACGCACACGCCGGAGGGAUCCAACAAUCGGUGCCACCUGUGCAACAAGACAUUCAGCCAGAAGUACUACCUGAGGGAGCACGUUAAACAGGUGCACGAGCGGCGCAGUCUGCACAGCUGCGACCAAUGUGGCAAGGCGUUCAUGCGCCGACUCCAUUUGGACGACCACAUGCGCACGCACAGCGGCGACCGGCCCUACACCUGUGAGGUGUGCGGCCGUGGCUUUAGCCAGCGCGGCAACUUGCGAGCGCACGCCAUGGUGCAUACGGACCAGUUUGCGUUCCAGUGCGACACUUGCGGGAAGCGAGUUAGGACGCGCCAGGCGCUCGAAGCCCACCAGAGGAAACACAACGACGAACGGCGCUUCGCGUGCACCAUGUGCAGCGAAACUUUCCUGCUCAAGCGCUCGCUGGACCGGCACAAACGCAAGCACACAGGCGACCGUCCGUUCAAGUGCAGUCAGUGUACGCGGGCCUUCCGGGACCGCGGUGACCUGCGCUGUCACGAGGACACCCACAACGCGUCGCGCGCGCACGUCUGUCCGCUGUGCGGCCAGGGGUUCGGCCGGCGGUACAAGAUGCAGGCCCACCUGCGCUCGAAGCACGACCGGACCGACAGUCAGGUGCAGGAGCUGUGUCUGCUGCAGCAGACGGCGCACACGAUGUUGCAGCAGUCGCAGCAGAAGCUGGAGCCCAUCACUAUAAUGGAGAUGGACGAGAUGGCCGAGGCGGACCACCAGCAGCACACGGCGGCCGCCGCGACCGAGGGCGGCACGGAGUCGCAGACGCAGCAUCUUCUGGUCCUGGCCUCCAACGAUCCGCUGCCACCCGGCUAGGCAGGACUAGUUACAGAGUCUCUGGGUGAACCAACGGACAACCGGACGUCCUAGACCCUAGUCUCACUGGAUCAGAACGGCCGGCAGGGCAUAGUCUCAGUGAACGAGAAGGGACGGCCGGGCAUAGUCUCACUGAACCAGAAGGGACGGCCGGGCCCAGUCUCGGUGAUUCAGAAGUCAUAACGGACGGCCUGGAGCAGAUGGUAGGUCCCGUGUUCAGAGGAGGGUCUCCAGCCGAGGUCCCAUCGGUUACGAUCCUCGCCAGAUGCCAGCUGUUAACGAGGUACGAACAACUGAAAGCAGGUACCUGUCGACCUCGCCGACUGUAUAUCCAUCGAGUCGGCUCUGGCCCAGUGUUCCUUUCAUAGCUCGUGGGGUAUAUGUAAUAUCUCGUACUUCAUCCAUAAUAUGUCAGUUGUGAAUGUUCAUAAGUGAUCAAUCACGCAUAUCCACUGACUCAUAUUUCAUGCCUAUAUUCAUCGUCAUACCAGCUCCAUUUGGGGAUCUAGGGGGUGCAUCUUGCUAGUAUUCCAUUGGGGAUGAUCUGAAUCAUAUUCUCCGAACAGCGGUAAAUGUGGCGUAUAUUCACCACACCUGAAUCGGCUAUGUCAUCAUCACACAAUUUUAAUCACUUAUUGUGUUGACUGCGGUGCGAAUAUAUAACAUAUGUUUAUUA